AUGGCGUCAAAUGAGUCGAACAGCCAAUAUGGAAUCGAGACCGAUUCAAUGACUCUUCAACGCUUUGUGCUCGCUGAGCAGAAGAAGCACGAGGGUGCCAGUGGAGAACUGACGAACCUUCUCACUUCUAUGCUAGUGGCCAUCAAGGCGAUUGCGUCCGCUACGCAGAAAGCUGGACUUGCCAAAUUGUACGGAAUCGCUGGAUCCACCAAUGUGCAAGGAGAGGAAGUGAAGAAGCUUGAUGUGUUGAGCAAUGAGCUUAUGAUCAACAUGUUGAAGAGCAGCUACACAACUUCACUUUUGGUUUCAGAAGAGAACGAUGAGCUGAUUGUGGUUGACGAAAAAAGACAAGGAAGCUACAUUGUCACGUUUGAUCCGCUCGAUGGAUCUUCAAACAUUGAUUGCUUGGUCUCGAUUGGAACCAUUUUCGGAAUCUAUAAAAAGAAAAGUUCGGGACCACCAACUGAGAAGGAUGUUCUCCGUCCGGGUAAGGAAAUGGUCGCAGCUGGAUACGCACUUUACGGAUCGGCAACCAUGGUUGUUCUUUCGACAGGAAGUGGAGUGAAUGGAUUCACAUUGGAUCCAUCGAUUGGAGAGUUCAUUUUGACACAUCCAAACAUGAGAUGCAAACCGAAGGGUAGCAUCUAUUCGUUGAACGAAGGAUACGCUAAGACAUGGAGUAAGGGCCUCAGAGAAUAUAUCAGGACCCGCAAGGAGCCGGAGCCAGGAAAGAAGGCGAUGGGACAAAGAUAUGUCGGAUCAAUGGUGGCUGAUGUGCACCGUACGUUGCUCAAUGGUGGUAUUUUCUUGUACCCACCAACUGCAUCCGCGCCAAAAGGAAAGCUUCGUCUCCUUUACGAAUGUAAUCCAAUGGCGUUCAUUAUGGAACAAGCUGGUGGAUUAGCGACAACUGGAAAAGAAAGAAUUCUCGAUCUUCAACCAACUAGCAUUCAUGAGAGGGCUCCAAUCAUUUUGGGUUCGAAGGAAGAUGUUGAAGAGGCGAUGGAAUAUUUGGCCAAAUAUGAUAAUUAG